UCUAUGGUUACUUGGAAGUAAAAGGACUUGAGUUGAAUGGCUGAAGUUCACACUAUAGUCAGCAGGAUUUACUGAAUAUAAAAAAGCCCUCGUAUAAGUGCAGUUAUGCCUUUCCUGAAGAAGCCCAGAGAAACCGAGUCUCUUGUGAAAAUAGCGGAUAAAAAGGCUCAGAAGAACGGAAUCCGGCACACGGUGUUCAGCGCGAACGGAGACAAAUACACCGGAGAAUGGCGGGCAAACCUGAGACACGGACAGGGGACACAAGUGUGGAAGAGAUCUGGAGUAAUGUAUGAAGGUGAAUGGGAGCAGGACCUGCGUCACGGCUACGGGCUCCUCAGCAAACUGCAGCCAUCAACUAAUGAAUAUGUCAAAGUUUAUUUGGGCUCAUGGAGAAAUGAUAAGAAAGAGGGGUUCGGGACACGUUACUACAGCUCAUCAGCACGGUAUGAAGGCGAGUGGGUGCAGAACGAGAGGAGCAUGGGGAGGAUGAAGUAUGAGAAUGGAGAUGUUUAUGAAGGAGAGUGGCUGAGGGAUAAACCCCACGGUCAGGGCACGCUUUGGCUCGCGAAUGGGAACAGGUACGAGGGCAGCUGGACAGACGGGAAGAAACAUGGACAUGGACGCUUCUUCUACACCGACAGGGGACAGCUGUACCAGGGCUUCUGGGUAGACGAUGUGCCGAGGUGCGGGACGGUGUGUGAUUACAACAAGAAGAAUGCGCAUACACCAACGCUGUACCCCAUCCCCCCGGUGAUGCUGCAGGACGUUCGGUCCGUACUGACGGAAGAACACAGGCGUUUCUGCAGCAACAGAGAAGAUUACAAAUAAAAAUCAACUGCUGAAUCCGAGUGAAUUUCACCCAAUCAGAUCUAACGUGUGCACGUGAGAACGCGUUUCAGCCAUUAGAACUGGACCAUACUUCCUCACGUUUUUUUUUUUAUUAUUUUUUAUACAUAACCGCAGCCAUUUUUAUACAUAUAGUCAGUACACAGAGAGACAUCUGCUCCUUUUUGUCUCACACAGGAACAAGAAAAGCACAAAUGAUUUGUCUUUACAGAAUACAAGAAUAUACACUGACAAUAUAAAGUGUUCCCAUACAAAUAAAAUGUAUAUGCUCUAUAUCACUCAAAGUUAA